UCCUUAUAUUUUUGUUUAUGUUGUUUCUGUGUCAUCAUCAUAUUGAUUUGUUUGUUUAUUUUAUUUUGCUCUUUUAAUUGAAGGAAUAUGUGAAGAACAUGCACAAGUUGAAGAGGAAUGCGCUUGCAUUCUAUCAAGUGAAUUUGGAGAUUGCCCAGAAUAUUCGGGAGGAAGGCGAGAAGCUGUCUCAAGACAGUAUUUCUCUGGAUGAUAGUGAAGUAUUUAACCCAGAUUUUCUGAGUCAAAUUGACGACAUAUGCAAGCGUCAUUUGGAAGCGAAAGACAGUGCAAACAAAGUUGAUCCUACAAUUUCACUAUUGGUGAAGCGGCCUGUUGAAUUGGAGUUUGGAAGAAAUGAAAAUGUUCCUGAUUUGGAUUCUGGUGUUCAUGGAGUUGAAGAGAAAGAAGAUUUUUGUUCCUGUUCACAAGGAUGAUCAUUAUACUGUCUUGGUGCUGAACAAGAAAGCAAAAGGAUUGAAAAUAUUGACAAUCGUACAGACAUGAAGGACAUUGAUAGAUAUAAGCAUGAGGAAUUUAACGGUCUUACAUACUUUGUACGUACCUUUUUAUGAGCAUUUGUAUUUUUUUUUUGUUCCAUUUUAUUACUUGUUUUUUAAUUGUUGUUUACUUUUUGAUCUUCAAAUGCAGUGUCGUGCUUUUGAUUCUUUUAUGCAAGAUACUAUGAGAUGUCGUGAUUUUGAUCAUCUCCACCAUUGGCAAACAUCAACUCUUUAUUUCCCUUGGAGAAGCAAGGACAACAAUUUUGAUUGUGGUGUCUAUGCAAUCAAAACCAUGG